GUGGAAAUUUUGAGUAUGAUGCACGACCAUCUGAUCUGGAACGGCUUUUCGGUCGAUAUGGGAAGGUUGAGAGAGUGGAUAUGAAAUCUGGAUUAUCUUGGCAUGUCCCCAUUCUUCCUGGCUAAUGGAUGGGCUCUUCAGAAUUCUGUUCUCUGCCUGUGACGAGCUUCCUCUUCCUUUUUUUUUUAAGAAGAGUCACACUGAUCCUCAAUGGACUACCAUCCCACGUUUCCCUCAGUCACAAUUGCCUUUCAUCCCUCAUGACUUUUGCCCAGCCUUCAAUAUCAGACUUGUUUCACGGUUGAAACAUUGCCGACCUCACAGCAGAGGCAGCAGAAUAGAUCGAGAAGGCACUCUUUUCAUUGACCUACCAUGAGACAUCCACUUUUGGAAUGUUGUUCAUUGAUACCACUUAAUUCAUCACACAAGGAUUCGCUUUUAUUUACAUGGAAGACGAGCGAGAUGCUGAGGAUGCCAUUCGGCGACUUGAUCGAACAGAAUUUGGUCGGAAGGGCCGCCGGCUUCGUGUUGAAUGGACAAAACAUGAACGUGGCAUUAGAAGGCCUAAAAGUUCUUCCAGAAAUUCUUCAGCUAAUACGAAACCUUCAAAGACCUUGUUUGUUAUCAAUUUUGAUACACAUCAUACUAGGACAAGGGACUUGGAGAGGCACUUUGAGCAAUAUGGGAAGAUAGUGAGUGUCAGGAUUAGAAGGAACUUUGCUUUCGUGCAGUAUGAAUCCCAGGAUGAUGCUACUAGAGCAUUGGAUGCGACAAACAUGAGCAAGUUGUUGGAUCGAGUUAUUUCAGUGGAGUAUGCAGUUCGGGAUGAUGAUGAUGAAAGGAGAAAUGGAUAUAGCCCUGAUAAUAGAGGUCGUGAUAGGUCAAUGGAGAGAAGCCGUGAUAGAAGGCGAUCCGCAAGCCCCUAUCGAAGAGAGAGGGGUAGCCCUGAUUAUGGCCGCGGUUCUAGUCCUUAUAGGAGAGAGAGAGGCAGCCCUGAUUAUGGCCGUGGGGCCAGUCGAAGUCCCCCUCGUAGGGAGAGGGCUAGCCCCGAUUAUGGUCGUCCUCGUAGUCGUAGUCCUUAUCGAAGAGAGAGGGUUGGCGCUGACCAUCGCGAUGGUUCUAGCCAUAGUCCUUACCAAACAGAGAGGGUGAGUGCUGACGUUGGGCAUGGUCCCAGUCAUAGUCCUUACAAAAGAGAGAGGGCAAGCCCCGACAAUGCUCAUGGCCCCAGCCGCAGUCCUUAUGGAAGAGAGAGGGCAAGCCCUGACAGUGGUCGUGACCCUAGCCGCAGUCCUUAUGGGAGAGAGAGGGCCAGUCCUGAAAAUGGUCGUGGCCCCAACCGGGGUCCUUAUGGAAGAGAGAAGGGUAGUCCCGACAAUGAUCGUGAACUUAGCCCCAUACCUGAACCCAGGGAGGACAGCCCCAAUUUUGGUGGUGGUCCAGAAACCCCGGUGCAUGAGAGAUAUCGCAGUCGAUCUCCCCCGGCGGAGGAAUGAUCUUGAUCCCCUAAUAUUCAGAGAAGAACUCCAGUUGGUUGUACUGAUUUGUGUUAAUGGCAUAACUCAUUUAAAAUUUGUUUCAAAACCCUUUUCAGUGACAACUACUACGGCGUUAGGCAGUAGUUGUGUCGUACUGAUGGUGCUCCUGCUCCUGAACUUGUUGUGCAGGACCUAGUCCUUGCUACUCUCUAGAUUUGGUUUCUGUUCAAAAUUUGAUGGAUUUUACUGUUGGUUUGAACAAGAAUUCUGUAUGCAUAACCUCCCAUCCAUCUUGGCCUU